UUUAUGUUGCCGGGGAGUGACCCGCAGCUAUAGAGACACAAUGGAGCUGCAGUGACAAUGUAAAUAGCAGGUGCCUGUUCUUGUAGUUCACGCAGAGCGUUACUUAGUGUCAUUCAAACGGUGUCAAUGUAAUGGUGGUUUGCUGUUGUCUUCGGGCUGCUACAAGCUAUCUAACUGUUGUUUUUGCGUUAACGAAUCAGCUUUGUGUGUGAGAUAGCUAACAGCCCUGUUAGCUAACCUAGCAAGCUCGCUAAGCACCUGCUUAAUAUCUGCCUCUGGGAUUGGCUGUAUUUCCUCUGUUACAUAUUAUAACUGCCCAGCUAAUCUGUCUAAGAGCUAUCAUGGAGUUUCCUUUUGACAUUAACACGUUAUUCUCCGAGAGGGUCUCCAUCUUGGACCAGACCCUUGUUGCAGGUCGUAAAUCAGCAGGAAGGCCAGAUCUUCAAGCCCACAUAGCCACGGUUAUUGAUGAACUUGGGAGAGCCUCAGCAAAGUGUUCAUGCUCGCUCUCCACAGGCCCAACAGCUCACAGCACCUAUAACAAGUGCUUCCAAGCUGCAGUCCCAGAGGCACCAGCUCUACCUGCUGAAGGACGCAGAGAGCAACGGAGGACGUGGUGUGGUCGUGGGAUUUCUCAAGGUCGGCUACAAGAAGUUAUUUCUGCUUGACCUACAGGGUGUGCACAUAGAGACAGAGCCACUAUGUGUUUUGGAUUUCUACAUAGCAGAGAACUUGCAGCGACAUGGCUACGGGCAGGAGCUGUUUGAUUUCAUGUUGCAGCACAAGAAUUUAGAGCCAGUUCUGAUGGCUUACGACAGGCCCUCGCCAAAAUUCCUGUCUUUCCUGGCAAAGCAUUACUGCCUGACACGAAGUGUUCCUCAGGUCAAUAACUUCGUGGUGUUUGAGGGCUUCUUCCUCAACAGAUCAGCAGCCCAGCUGAGAAAGGUUCCCCUAAAAAAGCUGGACGGCGAGAUCAAACCCUACUCUUUAAUGGAGAGAGAAGUGGUACGUCAGGAGCAGAGGGUUCUUCCUUGGCCGUUUGCGCCUCCUCACUCCCCCCAGCGGUUGGUAUCCUCCCAGUACUCCCACUCCCUCAGCGUGGGAUCCUCCCCCAGCAGGGCACCCCCUCGAGUCGCCCCAGUGUCUGCCCCUGGGGGCAACAGGGAUCAGAGUCCACAGUCCCCUCUCAUCGAUCGCUGCAGGGCAAGACGCACCAGCCAACAGGGUCUAGUUGCCAGAUGCAGCCUGUACAGUCGGCACCUGGACUGCAGAGCUGUUGGACUGCAGGACAGACACUUGCCAGGUCUGAGACCAGUGGGGGAUCAGUCAUACGCAGUGGGAUACACAGGCACACACAGGUUGGCCAGUAUUCACACGCCACAAAGCAGGUCCCGGCCUCUCUCGCUUCCACCUCUGUCUACAUCCAAGAAAAGUGUUGUCUGCAGCCAGAGCUCCCUAGACGGCACAGAGACACACCCGGAUACAGACGCUGAAGCCUGCGGUGCUGUAGAGGAGAUCAUGGGGAUGGGCGGUCUACAGCGUCCAGCAGGAGACCUGCAGGGACAUCUGUCAGAGAAGGAGAGCGACAGAAGCAGUCAAGGCUGGUCGUGGACUGUAGGAGAGAACUGCUACACCGCCCAGUGGGUCAAGCAGAAGCAGGAAUACAGGAGCACCCGUCCCUGGUGAUCGGGAGCUAAAUCUGAGAUGAUUGCCAUCAUUUAUAUUGUUCAACGACCAGUCAAUGCUUUAGGACAAACAAGUGCUGAAGUAGAAAUUCAGAGGUUUUAUAUAGCAUUGAUGCUGCCAAACUUCUGGAAAAAAAUCACUCCCAGGCUUUGUGGUUUAAACAGGGCUGUUGUAAUGUUGGUUGGUCUCCAAGAUGAGUGAUUGAACUGUACACCAGUUUAUCUUAAGUAGUUGACCAAACUGGUGCUAGAAGCCAAAUAUGGUUUCAGUCCAAGAGCAGUCGGACACCAGCCAACAUCCAAACCCAUUAGAAAGCGUCCGUCUAAAGCUGCAUUAAAGCAGAGGAGGAAAUUGAUAACUGGGAGCAUUAGCUUCAGCACUCAGUUGUGGUGGUUGCUGCUUAUGUUUAAAGGUUUCAGUAUGCUUCAAACAGAAUGCUUGUCAGAUUGUCUAACAGCAUCUGAAAUCAGAGGGCUGCGUCCAUUCAUUUUUGUCAGAUGAAGCCAGUCAGAGGUAUAAGUUAGAGCUGCAGAGUUCAGAAUUCUUCAUUGUAGCGUUUGGGGACAAAUUCUGUGCAAUAGCUGCUGAAUUCUAAAAACAUCUAUAUUAAAGGUUAUUUUUUACAUCAUACCCAAUUUCUUUUCUCUUGAAAACAAACUACAAAGAAUAUGUAUCACCCUUCUGUACGGGAUAUUAUGGGAAAAUUAUUCUACAUGUUCUAUGUAGUAGGGUUCCCAUGUGUCCUGGAAAACCUGGAAAUUUAGAGACUAGUUUUCCAAUCAUGAAAACACCUGGCAAUUGAUAAAAUUGCCCAAAUAUCCUGGAAAUAAUCUUGGUUGUUUCACUUUCUCUUUCUAGAAGAUGGAUUUUCUGUAAAAUAAAACAAAUUCUACUUAAAUUGAACUGUAACUAACUAAUGGGCCAUGGCCACAUUAGUGUUAUUAGUGUUAGAGGAAAACUGUAGUAAACUGUUUUCAAUUUACCAGAGACCGCUGUGGAAAAAUCUGCUGUGGUCACAAUGGCCAAGUUUGCCACAUAAGCGGUUAGGUGCUUUUAUCUGUAUAUCAUGCUAAACACUGAAGGGAGGGUGGCAAAGUACUCAGGUCAUGUGACUUCAUGCCAGCAUUCAAAAAUAUUCUUAUCAGUGUGAAAAUUCAAAAUGGCAGUGUACAUGAACAACAACACUGGUGGUAAAAGUCAGGUAAAAGUAAGUUUCAUGUUUAUUAUUAUUUAUGGACUAAUAUAAUAUUGUUUUUUUAAUGAUGAUUUUAUAUGUUCUUGAUGAAAAAUAAUGGAUUAAAUUUUCACAACUUUGAAGCUGCACUAGGUAUUUUUACUACUGUCAGAACACAGUGAAAAUGUCAUUAGUAAUGAAACAGGGAUAAUCACUCACAGUUUUAUGCUGUUUUGAGGCCUCUACAGAUAAUCAACCAUAUAAAUGUACAAAAUAUUGUUUAUAUUAUUUUUUUACUCUUCAUUUUUUAUUAUUAAUUAAUUCAGCAGUGUACACAUGCUCUCUCCCUAUCUCUCUUACACACAAACACACACCCACACAAUCCAAGUUUUUGUAAAAUUAGUCACAUUUGGCACAUUCAGAACUUAUGUGAAUAACUAUUGGGCUUUUUUUUUUCUUGCUUUUUUUAAACCUAUGUAUACAAAACAUGAAAGAAGUAUUCAUUGUUUAUAAAAUGUUUUAAAGGUUGGCAUAUAAACUAUUUAUAAAGCGGAAAAUCUAUCUCAGGAGAUUCAGCCUGUACAUUGGAAAAUAAAGACCAUAUUUUGAAAAAAAAA